AUGAAGUCCUUCGCUGCCGCUACCGUUCUCUUCGCCGCCCUCGCCGAGGUUGCCCACGGCCACUACAUCUUCCAAUACCUGACCGCCAACGGCGUCAAGGGCGCCCAAUACCAAAACAUCCGCCGCAACACAAACAACAACUCGCCCGUGACGGACCUGUCGAGCGCGGACCUGCGCUGCAACGUGGGCGGCGGGUCGGGCGGCUCGACGAGCACCGUGGCCGUGGCCGCGGGGUCCAGCGUCACCUUCACGGCGGACCAGGCCGUCUACCACCAGGGCCCCGUCGCCUUCUACAUGACCAAGGUGGACAACGCGGCCACGGCCGACGGCAGCACGGAUUGGUUCAAGAUCAAGGAGAUUGGGCCGACCUUCUCGGGCGGCCAGGCCAAGUGGGAUUUGAGCAUCUCCUACACGGCUACCAUCCCCUCGUGCAUCCCCGCAGGCGACUACCUCCUCCGCAUCGAGCAGCUCGGCAUUCACAACCCGGGCUCCCCGCCCCAAUUCUACAUCUCCUGCGCCCAGAUCAAGGUCACGGGCGGCGGCAGCAAGCUCUUGUCCCCCACGACCAAGAUCCCGGGUCACGUCAAGGCGUCGGAUCCGGGAUACACGGCCAACAUCUACCAGCCUUCUUUCACCUCGUAUACGGUUCCGGGACCCAAGGUGGCGACUUGCUAG